AUCCAAGCUCAGCCUUCGAGUUGCUACAAAUCAGUCACAUGUUGAACAUGUGAUUCUCUUUGUGGUUUAAUGUUCUUUGUUUACCUUUUAAUUAAUUGUUUUUCUCUUCGUUCUUUUUGAUUUAUCGACAAUUUAAUUAGUUACUAAUGAUCUUUAAGGUUCUGGCCCCGGUGGUAAUCACGAGUUUACCAAUUCUAAUCAGUAAUCCCAAGUUUAAUCUCAAUUACAAGUCUUUGCUGUUCAAAAGGGAAGGUCAAUUAGUUCCUGUGGAUUCAAUGGUUGAAUCUUCCAUUGAAGAGGUUUUCACUCGUUUAAUUGGCCUCAAAUUUAGGAAUGAAAAUCAAUGGAACCGAGAGAAAUCAUAUUUCCAAUUUAAUUACACCAAAUCGGAUUGUUUAAUUGCUUCAGGAUCCAUUUGGCUUGAAAAAUGUAGUCUUGGUCUUCCUUAUAAUGUUUCCUUUACCCGUUUAGAAGAGGCGAUUGAGCUACUGGAGAUAAACGGAUUUUAUCUCGACUGGAAAUCUCCCGAAAAUUUGGAAAUCGCCUCAACUUACCUUCUAAGUGAAUUAUCCAAGCAAUUUAUUAUCGCCCAAGGUGUUUGUCUACUUUGGAAUAAAAAAACUCUACCAUUAAACCUUCUUGUCAAUGGCAUUUUAUCCGCCAUGUUUGUCAUCACUUAUCGAACCUCUCAACCAAUGGCAGUUAAAUCAACUCUUUUGGCCGUGUUAAUUUGCGGUGUUUUCAUUAUGUCAUCAAUGGUCAAUUCAAUUGCCGACUCGGAGUCAAUCGAUGAAGCGUUAACAUUGAAUGACCAAUAUUUGGAUGGUGCGAUUGAAUUUUAUCAGAAAAUCCUCCGUAGACAUGAAUUGAUCGAGUCUCGAACCAACAAUCAGUCAAACACUUUUAUGAAAGUAACUCAAUUGUCGGAAAAUAAUCUUGCUCGUCAAACUUUGGACUAUUUGUUGGAGGAAAAAGCAAAACGAAAGAAUCAAAAGAAUAGCUGAUUAAAUAAUCUACUGAUUACUAUCAAAUUAUCAAAUAUUAUCAUUGCAAGAGAAUCAUGAAGAUGAUAAACGUCUCGUUCAGUGUUAGAUGAGAUUAUUGAUAUUCACUUACAGAGAUUAAUUAAUAUCAAUGGUAAAAUUAGUAAAUUGAACAGAAAAUUGAUCUUUGUACAAUCAGAACGAGGACCCAAUAGAUGUCACCAGUCUUGGAAAAGAUGAAGUGAUGGACCGAUUUCUGAUCGAAAGCUAAUCGAUUUAUCGUUUCGAUUUCCACGAAAAUCGAUCGAUCUCUAUAAUUCAAAUUUCGCGAUGAACAAGAAGGAGAAAAAUUUCUUCUUUCUUUUAACUCUGUCUAUUUUCUCUUUUUAAUUUCGCAAUUUGAAAGUAAUUUAGAAUCACUAUUUCGAUCUUUCAAAUCCUUACAAUUUCCGUCUCGAAAUAAAUAAGAUAAAAUAGAAAUAUCCAUUCAUUAAAAUAGUAAAA